AAUUAGUGUGUAGGGAACCCCAAACCCUAAAGGCAAGUGUUCUUAUUCCCUUAAUUAUAAAUACCCCACCGCAUGCAUCCUAUCCCUCAUAGCAAUCAUCCUAUCCCUUCAACACCAAUCCACCGUUUUUGAGAAUAAACAACCAACAAUGGGGGUUGUGAAGGAGGGGCCUUGGGGUGGAGAUAAAGAAGGGAAACCAUUCGACACGAAAACUGUCGGCUGGAUUUUGGGCUUCGAGGUCUGGUAUGAUGACUACAUUACCGGAAUCCGGUUCAAUUAUAAGCAAGACGGAUUCGAAAUAUGGACUCCAGUGUAUGGUAGCCAAUCCGGAGGUAGUCGCGAAAAGGUUCAAAUCAGUAACAGACUUACCGGCAUACGAGUUACGGUGGAUAGCAAAGACAACCUUACUGUUGUUCGAUCGCUUACUCUUGUCGCCGGUCCUUUAAUCAGCUAUGGACCAUAUGGUUCUUCUGGGGCGGGAAAAUCUUUCAGUGCAAAUGGUACAAAUAUUGUUGGCUUCUUUGGGAGUUCAGCGGAGCUGAUUAAUGCAAUUGGGAUCUACAUAAAUACCUAGUUUCUCUCUACUCUAUCUGCCCCGGGUUUACUACGUGACCUUACUAUAUAUACGUAUAUAUAGCAAUAAGGAUACAGUGUGCCGGGUAUCCAUUAUGUCUGUUAUGUCUUUAUGUGUGUCUAUAUAUGUUUAGCGGGCAAUAGUCGAAUUAAAA